UGUCUUCACGACUGGAGCCAGGACAGGACAAGAAGACAGAAUUUCUCAUAGCCUACCAAUAACGCAUCGGAUUUUUUUUUUGUACCAUCAUUAUUAUUAUUAUUGCUUCACCGACCUUUCCUUUCUUUUUUUCUUUCUUUCGUUCUUCCCUCGGUUGAUUUCGCCUCUUUGUCUUUCGGUUGUGUUUUUGUUUUGUUUUAUUUAUUGUUCCGUUUCGCUGGCUGUUGCAGAGGAGCGCCACCAUCCUGUGCUGCCUGACAUGAGUACUGGUUGCAGCGGAAUGAUACACAUAUCCUAGCACGCAUAUCUGAAGGUUGAUGGAAGAUUGACGAGCCAUUUGCACGUUUUUAGUAGCCUAGAAGACUCUCCUAGAAGACCUGCAGAGGUUUCGGAUUUUCUCCCUCUCCGAGCCGAUCAUCCGCCGCUCUUUCUUUCUCUCCCUGCGCAGCAUCUCUCUGUACGCACGGCGCACCACGGAGAAACGCGCAGCUUAGCCUAACCCCGUCCGCAAGAAGCGUAUUUUCCGAUUCCUAAAUCGCCUUUGCCUCCUCCAAGGACUCAUCUGCACGGCUACGCUGCGUAAAAAAAACGGAAAAGGGGGAUUUUAACGCAAACGCAGCUUAAGCAUCCAAGAGCAAGCUCGAAAAUGAUGGCCGGCGGAGCAGUACAGCAAAACGGCAUUUUCACAAAUCCUCAUCAUCACAAUCAACAACCACACAUGGAGUCCGAUCCCCCGGACUCGCGUAAAAGACCCCUGGAGACCCCAACGGAGGCCAGCAGCACAAAACGCACAAACACGGGAGUGGCCUUCCUGCAGCCCCUUUUUGAAACUGAAGGCAUUGUAUUCCCUCACCAAGAAACUGAGACUCAUGAGGAAGGCGAGUACUUCCUGAAGGUUUUGAUUCCUAGCUAUGCUGCGGGUUCAAUCAUCGGGAAGGGAGGUCAGACCAUCGUCCAGCUGCAGAAAGAGACUGGAGCCACCAUCAAACUGUCCAAAUCCAAAGACUUCUACCCCGGUAAGACACGCAGCCUCUGCUACGGAUGCAUGGAUGGAUGCAUGGAUGGAUGCAUGGAUGGAUGCAUGGAUGGAUGGAUGUUGGGUUUUAGGGAAUGAAAGGAAAGUUUACUUGCACGCUGUUUUUCUUUUUUUAGGCGUAUUACACACAAGAUAAGUUGCAAGAUGCGAAGAAGCACAAAACUUAAAAAAGGAAAUAUAUCAGAAUUUGUGGCUUAGUAAUUCAAGACCGACUGAGCAGUAAACAAUAAGAUUGAUGGAUAACAGAUGGAUAGAGAAGCAGGGUUAUGCAUAACAGUUGAUGAAUAGGAAAAGUAAAGGAUGGAUUUCUCCAUUCGCCCUCAUAAGGAAGUGAAGGAUAAAGUGUGUGUGUGAGAGAGAGAUGAAUAAAUGGAUCAGUACAAAGUGUAGUGUGCCAUUAAGGAGUCAUUUCAUUAUCUCCGUCUUCAUCCAAUCAAUUUUUCAUAAUGUUAAAACACAAACUCACACAGACACACAGUGUAUUUACACACAGUAAUGAGCUGCUGGAGUCUGACUGCUGAGAGAAGGUUCCCACAGAUGAGAACAGCUGACAUGCUGCUGGUGGUUUUGCUCCGACAUUAAUAAUCAGAGUCCUGAUCGAUGCUGUGAAAUGGAUUUAAGGAUUUCUACAGGUUGUCUCUUUUUGCGCGUGUGUGUGUGUGGACUUAAGUUGGCGUUGUCUGAGUUUUGGAGUCGAUGGGGCCUUGACUGGGUUUACUUUGCAUCCCCUACCAACACACAAACAUACAAACAAACACGCAGUCCACCAGAGAUCGGGAUUAUAGGAUCAGGGAUGAAAUUGUAUUCGUCUUAAUACUGCCCUGACGCGACAUGUGACUGUUGCAGGGAGGAGGGGGAGUGUGUGUGUUGUGUGUGCAUGCUUGUGCUGACCUGCUGUGAGUUGAAGGUUUUGGUUGUUGGUUUGAUCUCUGCUGUAGCAUGCGCGUUCGCUCAUGUAAGUGGUGCAAAUGCAACCCAGUCUGCAAUAAAAUAUGCUCAUAUUCCGUAUCCUCGUGGCAGCCAAGAAGUUGUGGACAUGACUACAAGUAAAACUGCUGGCGAGGUCGGGGGAAGGCUGUUGGUUUGGUUAAGCACUGAAAAACAUCCAAGGCGUCCCAUCUUACGCCUCGGGGCUCCGCCAAGACCACAAUCUGUCUUUAACCUCAACCAAGAGCAGAGAUUCCUAACAAAGCCCCAAAGCGUUAUUUAUGUUUCAGUUGUCAAGAGCAGACACCGUUGGAAAAACAUAUUAAAUACACCGACAGUGAAGGUUCUGCAGGUUGCACGGCCAUUUUUUUACCACACAUGAAGAUAAAUGAACGCGAUGAAAUAUAAGCAUGCAUUCGUCUUUUUGUGGCUUGACUCCUUCUCAGCCUCAAACCACGUGGGAAAACAGGGUUGGGAUUUAAGUGCCUUCAUAUGCCUUCACUUGAGCUCUAAGUGCCCAGUUGCAGGUUGGCUGGUAGCAGAGUGGGAUGAAGCAUAUUCAAAUGAACCACAACUACUGCUACUAAGAUGCAGCCUUUUCUCUGCGAAAUAAAAUUAAAAACACGCAGGUUCCCUGUAAGAAUUAAAAUAAGCUUGAGUCACAUGCCCACACUGAAACAAGACAUCUGCCAUCCCUGGUGCUCAGUGCUCCCACCUAAAGUUAAAGACCCAGAGAUUUCCCAGUGUUGUCGUUGCUCCUGCAGAGUCUGUGAUGUAAUCGCGGCCCCGGAGCCAAUCACAGCAUGAGCCUUCUCCGGAGACUACUCAGACACACAUCGCUUGAGUUGCUUUUAAAGAAAUGUUGUUAUUAAGAGGCUUCCGCGUGAAUUAUUGUUGGUUUCUGUUUUCAGUGGGAUAAACAGACCGGCUGGUGCUCGGAUAAAACAUUUUAAAGCGAGAAUAUGAGGAGAAUGUUUGCGCAGUGAAGUCACAUUUCCCAUGUUUGACCCGCUUACAUUUCCAAAGAGCACGCUGGUUAAAUAAAGUUCAAGCAAGUUUAAAGAACGAAGCUCGUAAUCGAAAAAGCAACAAUCAGAACUUUGUCACAAACUGUGAGGCUUGUCCAGAUUAAAUGAAACUGUUAAAUGAGCGUGCAUCAUUGCAAAGCUUUUUUUUCUGCAAAAGGAAAAUAGGGGCUCAAUUUUUAUCCUGGUGUGUUUUUACAUUCAGUUACAUGAAACAUAUAGUUCUUUUUAUAAACCAUUCUGUGCUUUUUCCUCCUACUUUAAACUCCACUCUGGUUUCCAAGUGUUUAUUUGGUUUGAAAUUCAGCUCUCAUUCUUGUUGUGGUGAUGUGUGUGUGUGUGAUAAUGUGUGGAUCAGUUCAGCGUCGGGGUCGGCAAACAAGCCGCCGUUGUUUGACAUCGGCACACGACACUCCCGAAAGCUCUGCCAGCGAGAACAGAUGCAAGGUGCAGGAGCCUUGGAGAUGCACACAGACGCACUGUAUACACGCAUCAUGUAUACGGCGCUAAGUACUGCCAACAUCUAUGGUUCAAAAAAAAUAAAUAAAUAAUGAAAAAAGCACGUAAAUCUGAAAAAAAAAAAUAGUGGUGCACAAACAUGUAUAAAUGUAUAUACAAGGACACGGUCUCUAAUCUCCUGGGGCAAAGCCAAGGACGGCUGAGGAGAAAGAGGGGAGGAAGGGAGACAAGUGGAAGAAAGAGUGUGAGGGUUGUGUGGGGCUCAGUCUGGAGGGGAGGACAGAAGGAGCUGUGUGUGUGCGCGCGAGCACGCACCCUUCCUCUGGGCUGAAGGGGGCAUCUGUAUGCAAAUGAGACACGGUUCUUCCUGGGUGACAAAUCAAAAGGCCCACCUGCUGCAAGGCCCCUCUGUGUGUGUCUGUGUGUGUGUGUGUGUGUCAGUCUAAUGAACAGAGUUGAGAGUUACUGCUGUGUCUUGGCCAGAACAUCUCAUUCCUCUUCUUUCACUCCUCAGAAAACACACACAAACAUACAGACACACACACACACACACACUAGGAAAAACUAUUAUUGCAGCCUCCCUGUUCUGCUCAAAUAUUAACUUCCUGUAUAUUACGUCUUUAUAUUGAAGCGAGUGAAGACUGGGUGCCUUGUGCAGUUGUCUGUUGCUCUAGAAGAUGACUGGCUCUUGUGUAUGCGUAGACACUAGGGGUAGAAAAACACAGUAGAAAGUGAUGCUUUGCACCAAGAAAUCUAUAUUCUUGACCUGCAUUCAUACAAAAGAAGCAAGUUUGAACUGAAGCUUGAACACGGGUGUCGGCCGUAGCCUACGCGAACACCAUAAACAGCAUCUGUCACUACGUUUACAUGCACAGCUUAAUCGAGCUAUGCCCGAAAUUCAACUUUCUGCAUGCGGUCCUUGUCUGAGUUUACAUGCAACAGAGAAAAUCGAAUAACUGACGGGAAC